GGGAUCGGGCCCAACCAGUCGUAAUCGAUACAAGAAGCUCCAUUUUUCUACUCCUCUCUUGACUUCAUCCCUCCCAUCGCGAAGGAGGAUCUCCCCUCGUGAAUCCGUCUGUCGCCCGGCUCGAGAUCAUGAAGAUCGUCUUCGCCCUGUUGUGCGUCGCGGUGGCCUUCGUUGCCGCCCAGGAUGCCCAGGUGCAGGAGCGGCCGAAAACCUUCCGGAGGCUGAUACCCGCCGACGUUCUCCGCGACUUCCCGGGCAUGUGCUUCGCGUCGACCAAAUGCGCGACCAUCGAGCCGACCAAGUCGUGGGAGCUGGCGCCGUUCUGCGGCCGUUCGACCUGCGUGCCCGCCGACGACAACUCCGGCCGUCUGUUCGAGCUAGUGGAGGACUGCGGCCCGCUGCCCAAGGCCAACCCCAAGUGCAAGCUCUCCGACAAGACUAACAAGACCGCGAGCUUCCCCGACUGCUGUCCGAUCUUCGAGUGCGAGGACGGUGCCAAGCUCGAGUAUCCGGACAUCCCGACUCUGCCGCCGCCGAGCGAGGCCGACGUGGCGGCCGCGAAGCCGCAGCCGGAGGCGCCGAAGCCCUAAAGCACCCGAAAAACAAAGCAGCGAAAGGCCACCUUAUCCCCAAAGGGGAGGUGAAGGUUGCGGUGUAGCCUCCUCGACGAGAUCGAUCGUGCCCGGUUGCGUUCCAAUGGACGUCAGAAAAAUCAUCGAGCCUAGCGCAACGCGAAGCAAAGACGCGUACGAUCGCACGAAGUAACUUUAUUUUGUAUUUAUUUUACUUUGGUAUCCGAAUACCAAGAUCCGCUUCGAUUAGUCACGCUAUUUCACGGUAUUUCUUCUCGGGGAAAGGAUAAAUUGUCGUGUAACAGUCAAACGACGUCGCCGUACGUUGCGCUAGGUAUACAUCAAGAUCUCCUCGUAUCCGGCUCGGAUUGUUCGACAGGAUUGCGCAACGAUUUCUGCCGAUCGCGACGAGGCCAUACCGCGGUACCGCUCACCCGCCUAACUUACGUGAUCCGAUCCCAUACACGAUCUAGAUUAAGCUAAUUGUAUAUAAAUUCAGGCGGCGCCUUUGCAAACCACAAGCACGACGAAAGCUUCUCCAAUGCACUCGUUCUGCCUCCCUCCCUGUCUCUUCCUAUUUGUAAUCUUCUCGUAAUCCACUCCGCGACCCUCUCAUUAGCGUCUUCUAUGUACUUUAGCUGCUCAAUCCCCGAAUGUAUGGUUUACUUACGAAAAUCUAGAGAAAAGAAACGGGCAUCGCAAAAUUUAGCAGAAGACAGGAAAUGCAAUGAAUGUCUUACAAAGAAUGGUAAAUGUGCUAAGAAGUUAAGUCGAUAUUUCGGCGUAUACAUUGUUUCGUGAUUACCCUAUAUUAUAUUUCGCACAGGAGCGUACGAAAGGUUUAGACACUUUUCGACGAUAUAUCUUUUAACGAUAAUUGGUAAUGGCGCACUUUUCUAGUUAAGUUUUCGACUUAAGCUCUUUCUCAGCAUAUGACAAAUACCCUGUAGCAGAGUCCGGCAGUAUGUAUCGCAGCAAAUACGUGUGAUUGUAAUUAUAUGUGAUUAAAUUAAUAUACUUAUUUAAUUCAA